AUGGACAGGCCAAUCAACUUUGUCUUUCCGGUGAAGCAUCUCGAAGAUGACGGUAUCAGGCUCGUCCCGCACCGCGCAAUCUGGACUCGAAUGGACAGGCCAAUCAACUUUGUCUUUCCGGUGAAGCAUCUCGAAGAUGACGGUAUCAGGCUCGUCCCGUUCGAUGCCAAGGCACACGGACACCGCUUCCACGCGAGCAUCGCACGCAGCGGCGGCGCGGCGUUUGCGCACUUUUCCAGUGGCCCGUAUGCCUCGGCGGACGAAUUCAUCGAGCAAUUCGUCCUAACGAGGAGCUACGCCGACAAGCGCAUGUUUACGUUUGCCAUUCUCGUCGCCCCCAAACACCGAAGCGACGGGGCGGACCUGGCCGGCAUGGUGUCCCUGACCAACGCCGAUGCGGAAAACAGGCGCGCGGACAUUGGCCUGCUGCAUGUGCUCCCAGAGGCACAGGGCCGGGGUAUCGGGACGAGGGCCUGUCGUCUGCUGCUUCGGCAUGGCAUGGACUCGCGUGAGCGCGGCGGUCUCGGGCUGGUGCGCAUGGAGUGGCGUGCCAGCACAGCCAACGAUGCGUCGAUCCGGCUCGCGCAGAAGUUGGCCCUCAGAGAGGUCGGCGUGGUCAGGUACGAGAGGCUGCUCAGAGACGGCGUUGCAAGGGGCAAGGUCGGGAACGGCAGGCCGCCGCCGCCGGGGACGGCGGAUGGAGAUUUGUGGCGAGACGUGGUGGUGUACGAGAUGACUUGGGAUGAGUGGCGGCGAACACAGAAAGACCAGACUGAAUAG